AGACGUCUCUUCCGGAUGACUCUUUCCAAGUCCCCUGCCGUCCUUGUCUCAUCUGCUGCGCUACCAGAGCAGCCACCAUCUACUCUUCACGCAGCCAAGAGCCUUCCGGCUGUCCGCCUACUGCUUACCUGCAAUCACACACUGGACUUUUCUUUUCUUUAUCUUCAGAAAUCAAAUGGUAUGCUACAGAACAAACUAACAGAGUCAUGCCCCAUGUCUUUCUUGACUGGAAGUAGGAAAGGGCCAUCCUGACUUCUCUAUUCAGUAUUUUAAGGACUCCAGUGAAGAGACCACGGUUGUGAGAAGUAUGAUACCAACCUGUAAGCUUCGAUAGCAUGAAAAACCAGAGAAACUAAAUGUAAUUAACAGACACCAACACUGUGCGUAUGGUUUUAGUGGAGUACUGCCUAUCUGGAGGAUUAAGAGACAGGGAAUCAUAUGGCAAUCCCUUGUUAUCUUCCUACCCAUGUUUAGCUUGUAGAAAACUAUUGAUGUCUCAGCAGCAGAUAAACCAUGUGAAUUGUAGGAUCACUAAGAAAAAGGGUCAAAGGCUAUGUCAUUAUAGCGUAUAAAAUGGGGUGCUAGAAGCAGCUUUCUGUUUUCAGUGCUGUGUAUGUAUUUAAUGUGAGUUUACGUGCAUGCAGUACUCUUGGAGGCCAGAAGAGGGCAUCCAAAGCCCUGAAACUGGAGUUACAGAUGGUUGUGAGCUGCCCUGUGGGUGCAGAGAACAGAACUCGGGUCUUCUGAAACAGCAGCAAGUGCUCCUAACCACAGAACCAUCUCUCCAGCACCCGAGAGGCACACAAUUUGAGAGGAGGCUGCCGAAAAACAUAUAAAGUAAAUCAAGAGCAUGUCAUGAUGUAUAAAGUCAAUGAAGCAAACCGCCAGGUUACUGGGCAUAGAAAGCAAAGAGCAAGGGGUUGCCCUCCAACCAAUCAGUGGACACACUGAGAUCUGUUCUGGAGGAGGCUCAGGGAGCUAGCAGGAGGGGACAUAUCAACUAUACAACUAUGGAAAUAAUGGCUGAUCAGCAAUAAGGAGUGAGUGUACCUGAGUGAGGCCCAUACACGGGUCUCAAGAUCUAUAGAAAGAAUGCAUAACAGGCAAGGUGGACAGAUGGAGGACGUAGGUCGUAGCCAGGUGGUAGGUGAAGCACAGAUAGAUAGAAGAUUAAUAGGUUAUCUGAUAGGUACUGUGGCAUAAAUUAUAGGUAGAUGAUAGUAGAUAAAAUCAAAAUGAUAGAUGAUUGAUAACCGUUUGAUAGAUGACUGGCACUAUUUCAAAAAGAAGAAUGUGAAGCACCUUAAGUUGAGUUUAGACCAGGUCACACAGAGCAGACAGGACAGGGAAUUUUGUGUAUUGGGAAGAGCAUGGCUGUGUCUCCCACAGCCUUUGCACCUCCUUCCUCCCCAGCACCAGCCCAGCCUUCCCCUCUAGGCUUCCGUCUUCUCUAUGGUCUGCCACUCUCUGAGACAGUGCUGAGAUCCUCUUUACCUCUCUCUCUGAGUCAACAGGAGCGAUGCGUUUCCCCCGGCGGUGGGGCUAUUCUGGACUCUCCCCCUCCAGUGUGCGCUGUUUACUUCCUCCGCACUUCCCCUUCCUGCCGCCUGCUCAGAUCACUGUGGCCCCGGUGGGGGUGGGCUGACCCUUUCUCUCCAGCGCCUUUUGUCAAUGAGCUCCCUCCAGGGGCUGGAUUCAUAGCAAGGCUGUGGUGGUAGCAACGGUUUCAUUCUUGAAAGUUUUGGGCCAUUUAGCCUGUACUGGGCACUGUGCCAGAUGGCCAGGGAUUCGGAGGCCAUAGCAGGACCCCAUGGUAGCCAGGUGGGUGAAGGGGAGCGAGGACGUGCCAUUUGCCCUGCAGAAGAUUCCUGACUUACAGAGUGGUCCCAGGAGCCAGAAAAUGGAUGCCAUCCACAUUGGCAUGUCCAGUGCCCCUCUUGUGAAACACGCCAAUGGAGUUGGACUCAAGGCGCAUAGGCCUCGUGUCAUGUCCAAGAGUGGACACAGCAAUGUGAGAAUUGACAAAGUAGAUGGCAUCUAUCUCCUCUACCUUCAGGACCUGUGGACAACGGUCAUCGACAUGAAGUGGCGGUACAAACUCACCCUGUUUGCGGCCACAUUUGUGAUGACCUGGUUUCUGUUUGGAGUGGUCUACUAUGCCAUAGCUUUCCUUCACGGCGACUUAGAACUCGAGGACCCUAAUUCUAACCACACACCCUGCAUUAUGAAGGUGGAUUCUCUCACGGGAGCAUUCCUCUUUUCCCUGGAAUCCCAGACAACCAUUGGCUACGGGGUCCGUUCCAUCACGGAGGAGUGCCCUCACGCCAUUUUCCUCUUGGUUGCCCAACUGGUCAUCACCACAUUGAUUGAGAUCUUCAUUACGGGUACCUUCCUGGCCAAGAUCGCAAGACCCAAAAAGCGAGCCGAGACCAUCAAGUUCAGCCACUGCGCUGUCAUCAGCAAGCAGAACGGGAAGCUGUGCUUGGUCAUCCAAGUGGCCAACAUGAGAAAGAGCCUCCUGAUCCAGUGCCAGCUCUCGGGAAAACUCCUCCAGACGCAUGUCACCAAAGAGGGAGAGCGCAUCCUCCUCAACCAGGCCACCGUCAAAUUCCACGUGGACUCCUCUUCUGAGAGCCCCUUUCUCAUUCUGCCCAUGACCUUCUACCACGUGUUGGAUGAAACAAGCCCCCUGCGGGACCUCACUCCCCAGAACCUAAAGGAAAAGGAGUUUGAACUGGUGGUCCUUCUCAAUGCCACCGUGGAAUCCACCAGCGCCGUCUGCCAGAGUCGAACAUCUUACAUCCCAGAGGAGAUCUACUGGGGCUUUGAGUUUGUGCCUGUGGUUUCUCUCUCCAAAAAUGGAAAGUACGUGGCUGACUUCAGCCAGUUUGAGCAGAUCCGGAAGAGCCCGGAUUGUACCUUCUACUGUGCGGAUUCCGAGAAACAGAAGCUGGAAGAGCAGUACAGACAGGAGGACCAGAGGGAGCGCGAGCUGAGGAGCCUGCUGCUGCAGCAGAGCAAUGUCUGACCCAGGCUGGCCUCUGGGCCCUCCCCCAGAGCUGCCUCCACACCAGGGCUCCUCUCAAAAACCAACGGCUGCUGUGAACAUGGGCCAGGAGGACCUGAUACCAAACCACGGAGAUAUUCAUGGCACAGCUUUCUCUUUGUUCUGGUGGCUGAAUAAACCUCUCUACAUAUAAAAAGAUUUCCUCAGAGUGCCUGGUCAAGAGUGAACACUCAAAUUCAGAUUUUCGCCCCCCUAAAAUGGAGCUCUAUACUGAAAAACCGAGUGUGGAAGGUGGAGGAGAUUCCUGUUCGGGUGACAGACAGGUAGCCAUGUUGACAGAAUGAAAUGGAUGUCUGUAGAAGAACAUCAGCUUAUAAUCUGAAGUAUUUAUUUAAUCCACCUAUCCAGGGCAUCGUCAGUAGGUUGGGUCUAAGGCGUGAUUCAGUAUUUGCUCGUAUCACGGCCCAAGAGCCUGCUCCUUCUCGUGUUUAAGUAUGUAUGUUGUAUUUGCAGUGACGGCUAUCUGGGAAUGACCCAAAAGUGUUGGGAAAGCAAGGACUUCAAGCUUGAAAAAUACAUUCAUUUCAUUUUGACAUUUUCCAGUGGACUUAACUGUGUGGAGUGAAAACAAUCAAGCCAGAAUCUAAGAGUUCUGCAGUAUGUCUGUAUCUUGAUUCUGUCAUCCCCGUUACUCUUGGGGGAAGCAUGCACCAGCCUCUUUUUGCCUUCAAAAUAUCUGUCAGACAAGCCAAACAGCACCAUUUCGGGACAUACUGGCAACAUACACAAUCAGGUUUCGGCCAGGCUUACAGAACCAUCAGUAUUAUAAGCUCUGCUUCGGGCAAUGUUGUCAGUGUCAUUUUUCUAGAUCCAUAUGAGAAAAAAAAAUGACUGUGUGAGUUCUGUGUUCAUAUGACUGGCAGAUCCGCCCUCCUGUCGGGGUUGACAGUCUAUCUCUCAGACAUUUCAGUCUUUCCCUGUGAGUAUACCUUGACCACAAAGAAAUUACACAAAAUCACUGAUGUCUUAAGAAUAAAACAGCUCCCCGAGGGCUGUGAUUGUCACAGCCCUGAUAAGUAUGUGGCUUGAUCAUUAUAGUCCUCACAAAAGAAAAUUGAAGCUGUGUCACAGUACAGGAUGUCUGCAGAGAUCCUGCAGUUCCUGAGGCCGGUGAUAACAGGAAGAAGGGGAGAGGAGAAGAGGUGUUUGUAAGCAAGAGGACCCCUCAUGCAAGAGCCUAAACAUACCUCCUACAACUCAGCCUUACAAAGGGGACAUUUUGCCUCUGAAAAUACUAGAAUUUAAUGCCAGCAUUUUGGGGGAGAGAGAAUAUGUGGCCAGGAAUGGGUAAAUAUGUAAAAGGUGUGUGCUCCUUUUAUUCAAAUCAGAGCACACUGUAAGUUUACUCAAGUGCCAUGCAACCACGAAUGUGCAGGCAACACACACACACACAUGCACCCACGUACACAUGAACAUACAUACACACACACAUAUGCCUCAUACAAAAUGCAUACAUAUGCUCUGACUCUGCAAACACAAUCUCAAGCCUCUGGCAUCAGAUGUCACACGUAUGAAAGUGCCUUCAUGUUUAUUUGAUUUUAUAAGAAGAUGAACACUUUGACUCAGAGAUGUUAGGGAGACUUAACUGGAUCCAGCUGUUGGUGUGAACUGCCGCAUACCCAGCCAUAUCUUCAUGUGGCCACAUCUGCAAGUGUUCUUCCUUUGAACAGCAACAACAAAAUGUGAAAAUAAAAUCUCUGAGUUGGAACUGAGUUAGUGUGGUGAGAGUCAGAGACUCAUUGAGGAAAAGUUUGCAGAAUAAUUUCUAUUAAUAAAGGGAGGAUUUAGGGCAGGAGAAAUGGCCCAGUGGUGAGAGCAUGCGGUCACCGGUUCAAAUCCUCAGCACCCAUCUAAAGAGCCAUGGAGGAUUGCAUAGACCGGUAACCCCAGUGCUGUGGGAAGCUGGAAUAGGAAGACAGCUGCAGCGUCCUGGUUGCCAGAUGAGCUCCAGGUUCAGUUAAUAUGAAACCCCAUCUCGGGGGAAUAAAGCAGGAUUGAUGGAAGAGGACAGCUACCUAUUCCUCUGGACUCCAGGCAUGGACACACGCAUGCACACACACACAUAUACUCAUACAUAUGUGCAUGCACACAAAUAAAUACACACACACACACACACACACAGAGACAGAGAGAGAGAGACAGAGAGAGAGAGACUGUUAUCUUCAAUCAUUCAGAAGUAUUUUUUCUGUUCUUGAUUUCAUGGACUUCAUGCCACUCUUCAAAAACUUAGCUGUUUGCCUGUUUAGACACUAGCCCUUCUAGCCACUGAUCCUGUAUAUUGUGUUGUAUAUAAUAGUAGAAUCAAUAGGAAAAACCACGCCACAGGGGUGUUUGUGGUGUCUUUUCUAUUGCAUUAUGAAAUUCCUCACACAUCCACCUUGGUGCCAUCUGAAUCCGACUGAUACCAGCGACUCAGUAACUAGACCUGCUUCUGUUGUAGACGGUACAAUGAGGAUGUGUCAGACUCAAAAUCAUCUUUGCUGGCCAAGUUCAGAAUAUCUGAUUAUUUGAUUUAUUUUCAAUACAUAGUGCCUUCAAAACCAAUGGAUGGGCCAGGUGUGCUGGUACAUGCCUGUAACCCCAGCGCGUGGGAGGCAGAGGCACAAGGAUCAGGAGUUCAAGGCCAGCCUUGACGACAUAUCGCCUGCAUAUGAACUCCUCUAUUAAAAAAGUACAAUAAAUCAUAUUGCAACAUAAUAUUUACUAAAUAGUUCUAUGGCUGGCUGGUUUGAAACACAACAGUCUCCAGAGUCACUUAGCUAUGAUUACUUUGAAUGGCACACUCUCGUGUUCUCGUGUUGAUAUACCAACAGAGGAGUUAAGUGGUGGAAAGUUACUGAGUGUGAUCUAGGCAGGCUUCAGGUGGAAACAGACUCAUAAGCAUCAUCAAAACCACGGAGUAUUUAACCCAAGACAAGCCUUGUGAUCUUCAGAAACACAGUGCAUCUGCCUUCUCAGUGGAUGCUCAAAAUGUGCUUCACCAUGGAGGCCACGGAGCCAGCAGCAGCAGAUCCGUGGACACUCAAGCCAUUUCUUCUGCCUUGCUGCCCAUGACCCCAGACACCAAAGAGAGCUGCAACCUCUGACUUGCACAAUGAGCCACCUGGGGUUGGGGAUGGGAGCUAAACACUGUUGCUAUUUUUACCUUUUAUUCAUGGGAAAUUAAUAGUGCAGCUUUUGAAUAUCUACAAUUAACACAUAAUGGAAAGAAAAGAUAAUAAUAUUCAUUAGUGGACCAAAUAUUUAGAUAAAUGUAAACAUCCAUUUUGUUUGAUCUUUAUUUGAAUUAAAUUUCUGCUUUGAA